AUGGGACGCACAGAGCCAUCCAUCGGCCGACCGCCUGCGGCUUUUCGCAAAGAUGCGCGCUCCAAAAAGGCCAAAGCCACCGUCAAUAAGGUCAUCCCCGGCUUCCUCACUGCAUAUCCCGGUGCUCAGAAAGGAGUUAAUUCAGCAGAGCUCAUACCUUUUAUAAACACCCCAGUCUUGCCUGAACCUUAUGGGGUGCUUUUGAAGAAACAGGAGGACAAGAGUGAUGCAGCAACUAAGGGCAAAUCUACACAAGGCGCUGAAGAUCGCCACGAGGAUUUGGCAAAGCUUAAAAUACCAAGAAUCUCAAUCUGGGAAGCCGACACUCUUACUGCUGCAAGAGAUCUUCUUAAUAUUGAGACACCGGCUGGUGUUAAAGCUAAUCUUGAUAAUACGAGAGCUCAUGUGACAAUUUUGAACAUGGGUUCGCCUCUGAACCCUGGAGGAGGAUUUCUAAACGGUGCCAACAGUCAAGAGGAAUCAUUAUGCAUGCGCACUACGCUGUAUCCUUCUCUCAAGGACGAGUGGUAUCGACUUCCUGAACUGUCUUCGAUUUGGACUCCGACGGUAUUGGUCUUCAGAGAUGAAGAUGGGAAUCUUCUGGACAGGAAUGAUCGGUUUUACGUCGACUGCAUCACGGCAGCAAUGAUCCGCGGUCCGGAAUUUGAGCUUGACGAGGACGGAAUAGCAUCAUACGCCAACAAGAAGGAUCGCGACACGGCGCAAGCCAAGAUGAGGGCCGUUAUGCGGAUCGCCAUGGUCAAAAGGUCCAAAAGGCUUGUCCUUGGAGCCUGGGGCUGCGGCGCGCACGGGAAUCCCGUUGGCGAAAUCGCAAGAGCUUGGAAAUCUGUUCUCACUCCGAGACACGAUAAGUCGAAGAUAAAGGAGAGAUGGGAAUGCAUUGAUGAGAUUGUGUUUGCGAUCAAGGAUCACAACAUGGCGCAGGCGUUUGCGGAAGCUUGGGGUGACGGUCUUGAACGUCAAGAAGAAGAGAAGAACGACAUUAAGGAGGAAGAGGAAGAAGAUGCCGAGGUAGUUGAUCUGGCUGAUGUCAAAACGCAAGAGUUGAAAGAUAAGAUCAGGGAGCUGGAACAGAGGAUUCAGAGGGUCGGUAAUCCCAAGGUCUCGGAUGGCCUGAAGAGUAUUCUUGAGGGGCUGAAAAAGCAGCUUCCUGACGAAGGGGAAGCACUGACUCAGGACGCGGAGUGGGAACAUGUCAAAGCUGAAGGCGCCGGAUCUAGUUGA